AUGUCUGGUCUUAAGCUUCAAUUGAAAACGCCCAAUGGCAUCAGCUACGAGCAACCCACCGGCUUGUUCAUCAACGGUGAGUUUGUGAAAGGCAAAUCUGGCAAAACCUUUGAGGUUAUUGCCCCCUACAAUGAGGAAGUAAUUGCCAAUAUCAGUGAGGCCGAGCCUGUCGAUGUUGACGUUGCUGUCGAUGCUGCUGAAGAGGCAUUCAAGACUUGGGGGCACUGUGACACCGAGACUCGCGCCCGCGUCCUGUUCAAGCUCGCUGAUCUCAUCGAGCAGAAGACUGAAUUGUUUGCUGCCGUCGAGUCCUGGGACAAUGGUAAGACCAUUGCUAUGGCUACUGGAGAUGUUGGUCUUGUUGUUUCUACUUUCCGCAACUACGGUGGCUGGGCCACAAAGAUCACCGGUGACACCAUCGAGACCGACGCCGACCACUUUACAUACACUCGCCGCGAGCCUGUGGGCGUGUGUGGUAUGGUCAUUCCUUGGAAUUUCCCCUUGCUCAUGCUGUCUUGGAAGAUCGCCCCGGCUUUGGCCUGCGGCUGCACCAUGAUCCUCAAGUCAGCCGAGUCCACUCCUCUGACCGCCUUGUUGUUUGCAAGCCUGCUUAAUGAAGCCGGCGUCCCUAAGGGUGUUGUGAACAUCAUUUCUGGUUACGGUCCUGCCGGUGCUGCUUUGGCUAGCCACUCUCGUAUCCACAAGAUCGCUUUCACUGGCUCUACUGCCACUGGCCGCAAGAUCAUGGAGAGCGCAGCCAAGUCUAACGUCAAGAACAUCACUUUGGAGUUGGGCGGUAAAUCCCCCAACUUGUUCUUCGACGAUUGCGACUUUGACAAAUCCGUCAAGCUCGCGUUGGCCGCCAUCUUCUACAACUCCGGUGAAGUGUGCUCUGCCGGCUCCCGUGUAUACAUUCAGGAGGGAAUCUACGACAAGUUCUUGGCUGCUCUUAAGACCGAGGUUGAGAAACUCAAGGUCGGCAGUCCCUUCGACAAAGACAACUACUACGGUGCUCAGACCAACAAGCUGCAGUUUGACAAGGUCAUGGACUACAUCCAGAAGGGUGUGGAAGAGGGUGCCCAGCUGGUGACCGGUGGUAAACGUAUCGGCAACAAGGGCUACUACAUCACCCCGACGAUUUUCGCCGAUGUUAGCCACAGCCACACCAUUGCCACCGAGGAAAUCUUCGGCCCGGUCCUUGCUGUCUUCAAGUUCAAGACUGUCGACGAGGCCAUUGCCCUGGCAAAUAGCAGUGAGUACGGUCUCGGCUCCGGUAUCCACACUGAGAGCUUGGACCGCGCUAUUUAUGUGGCCCACCGCCUCCGUGCUGGCUCCGUCUGGGUCAACACCUACAACGAUUUCCAUCCUCAGGUUCCCUUCGGUGGUUACGGAACUUCUGGUAUUGGUCGCGAGCUCGGUAAGGAGGUUCUUGAGAACUUCACCGAAACUAAGGCCAUUCGUAUUGCCGGUAUCCUUGGUGGACGCCUGUGA